AUGGCUGCACCCCCGCCAGAUAGCUCUUACGCCCCACCAGACACUCCCGUAAAUGAGACACCUUUCCUUGACGACCCCAUGGAAGAUCUUGAUCCUCAGGCGACUCGCAAGCGCCCACGUCUGGACAGUGGAAGUGGUGUGAGUCCCACUCUGUCCCUGGAUGGAACAUCUCGAACUGCCUCCGUUGCACCUGCCUCGGACAUGGACGAGGCCUCAGAUUCAAGUCGCGUUGCCAGCAAAGUCACGAUCAACAUGAAAUCUCCCCUUCUCCCCGCCCAUGACUCUCCCGAAUCGCAGCUCCCCGCCCACCCUUCAAAGCUCCAGCCAGACGCUGAUGGAGCUCCCGCCAUCGAAGUCGCGGAACCGGAAGAUAUAGAUCAAGAUCCCGGCUCCUCGAACUGGAGACCACUGGAGCAUGUCGUGCAGGAUCAGGACGACCUCGAGGUCAUCGAGAUCCACGAUGCACCCACCCUCGCCGAUAUCUUCCCGAAACUUGAUGAAGAUAUGACCCACCGAGAGAACUUCAAAGCUCUGGGUGAAAUGAUUGAGCUUGGUGAGCAGAGCAUGUAUCCUACUCCAUGCAUCAUGCGGAAUACUAAUUUCAAAUUUCUAGGCCACCAGCGAGAAACUCAGGCGCUUUUUGCAGUCAAGCGCUGGAUGACCACAUGCACCCAAGAGCUGGACCGACUUACACUUGAGGAGUUUACGGCAGAUCUUGAGUUCUGGGAAUUCAUGCCUCACGUCGUGGAGUGCCUGCUGCGCAGACGACCCCAGCUGGACCUGGAGAGGGUUGAAGAUCCUUGGGCCUUCUUUGAGGAGUUAUUGCUUGAUUUCUCACGCAUUGUGCUCCACCUCGUUCGAUUAGAUACCUCGAUUCUCAGCCGAUUGAAUGGGCACUCCGGUAUUGAUCCACCCAUGAGCACUUCUCGCCGCUACCUCUCAACCUUCUCAUGGGUGUUCAAUAGCCCCCUUGCUCCGUUCUUUUCCACCCUGAACGACCAAUACCACCUCGAAACUCUCAAUCUCAUUGCCCGUCUGAAAGAUCAAGUCACAUCACACCCCUUUGACGCACCCGGUGCACUUUUGCAGUACAUCUCCCAUGUGCUCGCUUUACUGCCAGAAUUGCCAUCAGUGUUUACAAAUAUCGCCAUCAUCAUGUCGAAUACACUCCUCUUCUUUCAAUUCUGGUUCGAUAAUUCUAAGAAGGGUUUGCCUGGCUCUGUCGUCACUGUCCCCAGCGUUGACGUCAAUCUCCAGACUCUGUACGAAACUACUCAGGCAGUCGACAAAGCAUAUCAGGCAAUGGUCGCCAAGAAGGUGCAAGUGAUAACCAGCGAGUUGAGCGCCCAACUUCUAGGGGUUCUUUACCGCACCUACGAAUUCCUUUGCAGCACCGAACCCGACUUUAUGUUCGAACUUGCAAGAGAUUUGGGAAUGGUGCUGCCAACUGACACAGAUUUGGCGCAGACCCAGAUGUGUGUGAUAUCGACAUGGAAAGUUGAUGCGCUAAAGAAGCAGAUCAUGGCAGGUCGCAUGGAGCUGCGUGUCAACGGCGUCGAAUCCUUACAGUCAGAUUUGGUCAAUCUAUGGACCAAUCAGUUCUCCCGUAACGGAAGUCUCCAAUUCAUGCAAUACAUGGUCAAGCUCCUGCGCGAGAUCAAGAUUCUGGAAUACCUCAUGGGCAUCGACUCCCACCCACAGCUGAUUGCCCGCGCCAGCAACGUCUUCGGAUUCUUGAUCGUGACCGGUGACUAUGAUAACUACAUCACAGAUGUCAUCUGGAAAACCGUCACCGACUGUCAAGAUGAUCGAACUUUCUCGGAGGUGAUUGCCAUGCUCACACGUACUGUGAAUAUGCAUCCGUCUCGAUCCAGUGCGUUGGUCUAUGUGUGUGAAAAGUUGAUCGAACUCCCACUGCAACGGUUUGAUGCGCGCAUCCUCGAGCUCUGCCAACAGCUCUUGCUCCGAACUCAAGAGAGCCCCUAUGACCUUGAUUACCGCGUCAUAGCGAACCGUGACAAUGAGACCAUUCCAUUGAAGCUUUGUGUCAGAUUGGUUCGCGAGAGUGCCGCAGCUGAUCUUCCACUUGAGAAGAAGGAAAUGCUGCAACAGUUCGGCAGGCAGCAGCUCGUCAAAUCCGCGAGGACUGGCUUAAGCGAGGAAGACAAGACUGAUACAUACACAGGCUGCAUCCAAGACAUCGCAGCGAUGAAUUCUUACACCGCGGGUAGCAUUCAAGUGCUGAAUGCUCUUGUGUCCUGUGAAGGUUCGCGCGAACUUGGGAGACUUGCGAAUGAUUUUGAUUUGACGCAUUUGGUCAUUACGGAGCUUCGCCAGUUUGUUGAUCAACUUGAUACUAUUUCCGACAAUCUUUCCUUGCAGCAUGCGUUCCAUUCACGGGUGGACCUCUUGCAGCGCAUCAUCGAAUUUGCCCCGGAGACCAUCACCCCAGAGCUUGCUAACACCGUCUGGAAAGAGAUUCUGAUGUCCGACAAGUUAGCACACAACGAGCGCCUCAUUAUUUGGAAGAUGAUGCAAAAUGCAACGAAGACUUCAAGAGCCAAUCCAUUCAUCGAGCGUUGUAUCAAUGAGUAUCUUCCGGAUGUGCUCCCCAAAUCCUAUUCCCAUGAGAUCUUGUGGUUUGCUCAGCAGUCUGUUCACUACGAUAUCCGUGUUCAGGUCCCUUCGCCUGCACACGAGGACGAGGUGAUUGUUGUUCCUGGUAUGGAUCGCAUCUGGAAUUUCAUUCUGACUGCACCCCCAAACACCAUCGAAAACGAUGCGAUCAAGUUUGCGAUCAAUUUAUAUUUGGAUCACGGUAUUAUGGGCAGAUCCCCAGCAUCCGCUGUUGAUGCGACCCACAUUGCUCUGGUCGGUCGUUGUGUAGAUCAGCUGAAGUCCGCAGCGUCAUCAUUGAAACCACCUUGCAAUGGAGUGGCCACUACUGAUGGGCCAAUGGACGUCGAUCCUUACAAUGAACGACUCGGCACCGAGGAAUUAGUUUUCAGUCGAUCCUUGGAAUUCUUGCGUCAGCUCCUCCAUGGACUGCGAACUCGUCCGCAAUUCUCUUCUCCUCGGAGCGAGAGUGGGUCUCCGCCUAGCUUCAGCCAUCUUCAACCCAAGGGAGAAGUUGUUUACAUCCGUUACCAGUGCUUCGGUGUAGCUGGACAACACGCGCAGAGGACGAUGCAGAUCGGUGACCUUUCAACGGCCGGUGAACUGGUGGAUAGGCUGACCCAGUUGACCCGUUUCUCCAAGUUCAUAACCAUCUUCGGUGGACAGAAGCUGGACUUGCUUCAGAACCCGAACACUUUACUCAAGGACUUGAAUCUAGGGUCAGGAUUGCUCCUCGUCAAGAAGAAUGAUGACGCUGAAAUCAUUACCCCGACUCCCUGGAACAGACCGAUGACUGCCGUCGACAAGGAAGUUUUGAAACACUUUGAUGAGCUGUAUGAUCUACUUGGCCUCAAAGAUGACUUGGCUAGACAGAUCAUUGAUUUCUUAGUCGCCUUCCCGCCUCAGGGGCAGGCUCUGGAGCUUGUCAGAUCGACGAACAACUCAGAGAAAGAGAUUUUUCCGUUGAAAACACCGUUCAAGGCCCUCUACUCUCUGAACACAUUGAUGACAUGCUUGCGUGAAAUGUCUCUUGCCGUGGAGAUCAAUUCGGAUUUUGUGUCUCAUAGCAUCGAAGUCUUGGUCGCAUUCCUAACGAUGGAUGAGUUGUUGAAUUCACUCACCGGUGGUUCAAUCACAAUGGUGCUUGCAUCUAGAGCGAUCGAAUGCUUACUGCUGGCGAUACCUGUUCACCACCCGACUGAGACUAGUGCUGUCCUCAUUCCCGACAUGACGAGCCUUGUUCCACGUGUUUUGAGUCUGCUCGAAAUCGGCCGUGGUGAACAUGCUGCUGGCCAGGCCACCCUCUUUACCAGAAACUUGGUUUGUCAUUCCUUCGGAAUUCUGAUUGAGGGAUCACUACGUGACCAAAACAUCUGGAACACCGUCAAGGCGCAAGUCAAUUUUGAUUCUCUUGUUUCCUCCUUGCUACUAUGUGAAAACGACAGACCAGUCCGGAGGGACAUCGUGGAACGUCUCAAAAUGCUCGCUGGUACCGUGAAAUCAAAACAAAUGCCAGCGAGCCCUUCUUCCGGAGAGCUUCCAACCAAGGAAAGCCCUCUUCGCAUUGAUAUGCUGGCCACGAUUUGGAGCGCGUUUGUAAAUAACAUACCCCAAACGUGUGAGGUCGCCAACCAGUCGGAGGAGUUUUUCACAGCUUCUUUGUUCAUAUUCAGUUCAGUCGCAGAGAGAUCGCCACGUGAUGUGGUGUUGAGCGAGUACAUGAAAGAGUGGACCGCCGUUUUACUCGAGCAUGAGACGAAAGAGUAUGUGGGACGCGAGACUGCUGACGCCCUUGUGCUCGGACUUUCUGCACAUCUCGAGUUGUGCCUUGAGCUGGCUAUCAAUGCCAACGUUCCUUUGGAAUCCGAACACAUUGCCGAACAGCUAUUGAACAAGUACCUCUUUCCGGACUUCAUGCCCGAGGGAGGAAACUUUGCAGACCUCCGCACUCCGAUGAUGCAUAGCUACACUCGGCAACGACUGUACCAUGUUGUGACCUUGCUGUGCCAGCAGAGUGAUGAGACUUACGGCCGAAUAGUUGAAUUGCUCGACAGCAUGGUCCCCCGAGAUUCGUCGUAUAUGGAAAACUCGUUUGACAGGCAUAUGAUGAUUCGGUCCCCUAAGGGAUAUGCCGGUCUCAAAAACCUAUCAAACACGUGCUACCUCAACUCGCUCAUGACCCAAUUGUUCAUGAACGUCGAUUUCCGUGAUUUCAUCUUGAAACUUCAGAUUGCCGACCCCGUGUCACAAAAGCUCCUCUCUGAGACCCAGAAGCUUUUCACCUGGAUGCAAGAAACUUGGAGAAGAAGCGUUGAACCGAGUGAUUUCGUGGAAAGUAUUCUGACAUACGACAAUGAGCAGAUUGAUGUCGGCAUUCAGAUGGAUGUUGAUGAAUUUUACAACCUUCUGUUUGAUCGAUGGGAAGGCCAGAUUCUGGAUUCAGAGAAAAAGAAAUCCUUCAGAUCUUUCUAUGGUGGCCAGUUGGUACAACAGAUCAAGUCGAUGGAAUGUGAUCACAUCUCCGAGAGAGAGGAGCCAUUCUCUGCUAUCCAAUGCGAGAUCAAGGGCAAGGCUUCUUUGGAGGAAAGUCUACGGGCCUAUGUGGCAGGGGAAGUGAUGCAGGGUGAUAACAAAUACUCGUGUACCUCGUGUGGCAGACAUGUGGAUGCCGUGAAACGUGCCUGUCUCAAAGAUGUGCCCGACAAUCUCAUCUUCCACCUGAAGCGCUUCGACUUUGACAUGCUCACUAUGUUGAGAAGUAAGAUCAACGACGAAUUCAGAUUCUCUGACCUCAUUGACAUGGCGCCCUACACCGUUGAGCAUCUCUCACAUCCCGAUCAACCUGCCGAACCAGAUAUGUUCGAACUAGUCGGUGUCCUUGUUCACAGCGGUACCGCUGAGUCCGGCCAUUAUUACUCAUACACACGCGAACGACCCUCGUUGGGCCAAGAAGCUUCUUGGGUCGAGUUCAACGAUUCAGAAGUCUCCGAAUUCCACCCACAUUCUAUCCCAAGUCACUGCUUCGGUGGCGUCGAGCAACCCAAGUCCAUGAACAACUCAAGGGCCAAGCCGUGGAAUGCGUACAUGCUGUUCUACCAGCGAGUGUCAGAGACCGAGGAGUCCAAAGCGGCCCAAAAAACCCCGAAGCCGCGUGUUCCCGUGCACGUACCAGUGUCACUCUCCAUGAAGAACUAUAUUGCCAUGGACAACGAACUGCUCAUUCGAACCUACUGUCUGCUGGACCCCCAGUAUGCCUUCUUCGUGGACGGACUGCUUCGGCGGUGGUCCAACAUGGCCCUUGGGGACAACAAACUCAAGGCGGAGUCUUUCGCUGUUGACGUUGGUAUGGAUACUAUGGAGCAAUUGAUAUCACGAACCAAGGAUCUCCAUGGGCUAGAAGAUAUUCAUCGGAGCUUGAGUGAUAUGGUCACCAGCAGCUCUGGCGCGGCUCAGUCUGUCCUUCGGUGGGUUAGUGAUCGCGAGUCAUCAAUGCAAAACCUCAUGACCAAGACACCUGUGCAAGAUGUUCGGACCAGGCACUUUUCGCUGAUACAUCGAGCCCUGGGACGUCUUCAUUCCUUGUCGACUGACCCGGAUGCUGACGACGAUGACCGGCUCGGAUGGCGCCUUGAACUGGAAGCAGCCGUCGAACGAAUUGUACCACUCGUGACAGAAGUGUGGUCCACCGUCCAAGCUUUGCCCCGAUACUGGGAGGACUUCUUUGGGUUCUUGAACAAGACCUGUACCUACGGACCUUCGGUUGUGCAAAUCGUGCUCGACCAAGGUGUCCUUCUUACGUGUUUGCACAUCUUGUGGAUUGACCAAGAGGACAGGAAAGGUCUUCAAAACCGGCAUCCCAAUUACGUCCGAGCUAUGGAGAAAGGCCGUCGCUUUUCUUAUUCGGGACUACUAUCCUUGUGCUUGACUCUUUUCAAGCAUAUUGAUCUGUCACUUGAGCCGUCUUCCAUUGGCGAGAACCGACAGAUGUUAGCCGAGACCGGCAAGCUUUCUAUCAGGGAAUGUGAAUUGGAGUUCAUCACGCCUCUCGAUCCAGAUGGGUCCUUGUCCCUGCUGUCAAAGAUCUUCAAGCACUGGUCUGUCUCUCGAACACCCUACGCUCGAGGUAUUCUUGCUGUUUUCUUGGACGGAGAGCCCGAAGCUGGGUUCCUGAAUGUCAUUCAGAAGUCCUUGGAGAAUGGCCUGCGAACGGACCCUGCGAUUCAAUGUGUGUCUUACCUGGAGGCAACUGUGGUAUUCUGUCAGCACUGCCCCUACCAAGCACGAGUGGCCGAAAUGAUCAACUUCGUUGCCAACGGCAUUGAUACUAUCGACAGCAGCGGAGGUCAAGAGCACUUGGAUUUCUUCAUUCAGGUUUGUGAUAUCACCAACCGUCGGCUGGGAUUGGGCCGCCGAGAUUUCUCUAAGAUUUCUCUGAACCAUCUCCCGACAUUUGCGCCCACCCUGCUUAUCGACAUGGGAGAAUCUGUCCGACACAACACUCGGGCUUUUCUAGAUGAAGUUUUCGCAGGAACCAAGGAUGAAGCGACUGCCCACAUGGACAAUGAGCUGAACGGCGAAGCCAAUGACUCGGGCAGUCUGUCCAAUAUCAUCGUGGGAGAAGAACGCAUCGCCCUCGGCCGUCGCCUUCAGGUUUCCUGUGCCGACCGACUUCAAAAGUCCUUUAUGAAAGAGGGACUUCGCCACAUUGAUCACAGACAGCUUGAGUCCAUCCUUGCCAUCAUCAACUAUUGCCUGACUACAUUCUAUGGUGACAGUGAGGAUGACAUGAUUGAAGUCCAGAAGACACGCGACCUGCUUUCCGACCUUCAAACAAUGUCCCUCCAGGAAAUUCAGGAUGACCCGGCCUCUGAGUCCGACGUUGCCUCUGGCGAGGAAUGGGAAGGGCAAUCUGGAAUGGCCUCAGACUCAGACAUAGGAGUCCGAGGCUCUCCAUAG